AUGAAUCAAACACUGGAAGAAUAUGUCAGGGAAAUAAUCGACAAACACAGCCUGGAUUGCUACGUUAUCUUUAAUUCUGACAUUCACCUGAAUGAGUACAUACGAAAGAAGGACAUGAGAGUACUUCAAAUUUCCAACUUUUCUGGCUCAAAUGGCACUGUUGUUAUAAGCAAGGAGCCUUGUCUAAUUACAGAUUCAAGGUAUUACAUCCAAGCCCAGAAUCAAUCUAGAUUUCCCUUAUUUAAAGACAAAUUGUCGGCAUAUAUUAUUUUAAAACAGUAUAAAAAAGUCAGUUUCGACACCAAAACAAUCUCAUCAACUCGAUUUAAGAAACUAAUGGAAACGUUCUCUGAAAAUUCCAUUGAGUUCGUUGAAACUGAAUUCAAGUUUGAUAUCAAGUUUGAGGAUGACCAGUACAACAGCCUGUCUAAUGAGAUUGUCUACUUAGAGCAAUACAACUUAAAGAGCUAUUUGCACUUCUCAGAUGCGUCAGAAGGACUUGAGUACGAUCCAGCCAUCAAGGAAUAUCUUUCCUCACUUGGGUUUAAUAACAUCGAUGGAAAUGUAACAGGCUCGCAUUAUCAGGAUAAGAUCAAAAGAAUUAGAAAUAUUGUUGACGGAAAAGUCCUCAUUAUUACUGAGCUUGAUACAAUAGGAUGGGUUUUGAAUUUAAGGGGAUUUGAUAUUGAAUUUAACCCGGUCUUCUUUUCAUUUUUAAUCCUAACGAAAGACGAAGUGCUGUUGUUUACAGAUAAGGACAUUGCAUUGGAUAUGGUGAAGGUCUUACCAUACAACGAGUUUGAAAGAUACUUAGAAACGAUUGUCGAAUGCCCUGUC